UGCUAAAAUAACACUCCACGCAUGAAAACGGACAGAAAGCCGCGGACUUAGCAACCAAAAUGGCGAGGUCUGCGGACGUGUCACCGGGGUUAAAAGUGCACUUGUUCUUCAUGUUCUUUGCUUUGCUGUUCCUGUUCCCGUGCAACUGUCAUUCGGAUAAAGAGUCAGACGCAAAUAUGAAUCUGCAGCCAUUACAAGAAAAACAACGGCCUUCAGAUGAAUCUGUGCCCACCCCAGGGAAGCCAGAAACGGCACCACAACUCGCAGAUAAGAAGCCUCUUGAGAUGUCAGAGCAGAAAGCUGCUGAGCUGAGUGUGAACCGCAGUGUCUCCACGCCGUCUCCUACCAAGAGUCCCAACAGAAGUGCGGCAACUCCACUCAAAUCCUCUACAGGUACCCAGGGCCCCCCCAAACCCACCACAUCAGCGUCGAAAGUAGCCUUUACCCCAGUGGCCAGACCCACAAGCGUUCACAGCUUGGAUGCUGCGCAGCCAGGACAGGUUGAUUAUGAUGAAGACACCACCAAAAACCUCAUGAUGAGUGAGCUAGACAUGGAAAUGGAGAGCUACAACUAUGACCAGGACCUGCAGAAUGUCCCCGGCAAGGCUGACAUGGAUGGUGGUGACAGCAUGGACCAAGACCGAGAGGUGGACUUUUUAAAGAACAUGGACAGUGACCUGGAAGCACUGAAUCAAGCUGAAAAUAUGGGUAAGAUUGCUGUGCAGCUAAAGGCAACGACCAUCUACCAAGCCCAGAAUGAGGACUCCCACUUCUUCUUCCACUUGGUCAUCAUUGCAUUCCUGGUGGUCAUUGCUUACAUCACCUAUCACAACAAGAGAAAGAUACUCCUACUGGCCCAAAGCAGGAGAUGGAGGGAUGGGCUGUGCUCCCACAGCGUGGAGUACCAUCGGCUGGAUCAGAAUGUCAAUGAGGCCAUGCCUUCACUCAGGAUAACCAACGAUUACAUCUUCUAAACUGAGAAGAAAAGUCCUGAUAAGAAGAUUGCAUGAAUGCUUGACUUUUGAGUGUAAUAUAUCUGUGUGUGAGAUCUGUCCUAUGAUGCUACAGAAGUGGUUGGUGUAAGGAAGUUCAAGGAACUUUAUUUAUAUCAAUCUCACAAACAAUGGCAGGAUUAAUUUGAUAGAGGUCAAUUAUUUGAAGGUUUCAUCUCACCUUUGUAAAAUUCUGUAGCAUCGCAGGAAGCUUCAGAGAUGAGUAUUAACUUUCCUUGGAUGGCACAACAAUAUUCAUUUGAAAAAAUAGUUUGUUGCUUGUUUGAAGAUUAUCAAGAAAUGUUAUAUUAAGCUGCACUGUAUCAGACAAACAAUGUAUAAUGUAUUAUUUUGGUUAUUUUCGGGCAUGGAGCUGUCAUACUUCUUUUACUGCUUGAUUAAAUAGUUAUAAUUUGACUCAUGAUAAUUCAGACUGUUUAGUGGUUAAUGAUGAUGGUUUGUGUGAGCUAUAUAAAUACUUAUUAGAAUCCAUAGUCUUUCAUGGGUGAACUAUUCUGUAACUUACAUAUGAAGAUGCAAUUAAUCCAGAAGUUGAAAAAUAUCUUCUUGACUGGUUACAGUUUUAUUGUGUUUGUAUGAUGGUCUGAACAUGAACAUUGUAUGAAAAUGUAGCAUUUCUAUUAACUGUUCCGGAGAAUCAUCCAGCCAUGUAAUCCUGUAAUGGGUAAUCAGUCCUGUUUUUUUUUUUGUGCGUGUGUGUAAUGGUCUUUGCUGCAAAAGAAAGUACUGCAUUUGGAAUUUUAUAAUACACUUCUGUGCAUUUAGUGGUAAAUUUAUAGUUUGUAUGUAUUUGAGUUUAUUUAUUUUGUUUGGGGGGGGUAUCCUGAAUGAAUGACCUGUAAAGUGUCACAUUUGGCUGGUGUAAGUGAGUGGAUGUUCUGUUGGAUGUCAGCAUGUUGCGCACAAGUUCCAUCACCUCUGUUUUUAUGUACUAUAAUGAUGGCAAUACAAGUGUGUUGUAUUUAUAGGCAGUGUGUGUGUUUUUUUUAAGUUUUACAGUUAAUGAGACAAAUUUCUUAUUGAAGUAAAAUUUGUGCAAAAUGCAAAAUUAGUAACGUUUGUGCAGCAUCUGAGCUCUUACUGCACCUGUCUGCUAGAAAGGGACGGUUUGUUGGAAUACAGGAAAUGAGUGAUAGCGUGUUAAUCGUAUCGGUUGUCACAUAAUUAUUUUUAUGUAAUAUAUUUUAUGUUUAUAUUUUGAAAUGGUUUUUUAUUGGUGUCACAUUUGUGCUUGGGAAAAUUGUCAGUCAAUGCAAUUAUCAACAUUGUGUGGCUAUGGAGUCGCCCCUCAAAAACUGUGCUAAAAUAAAAUUGACAUCUGGUGUUGAAUUGUG